GAUCCGGAAAGCGGCUAGGGCUUGGACCCUCUUUGCGACGCUAGUCCUGAUAUAGGUAGAUUUGUGGCUGUGAUUAGGUAAUGCGAUCAGCCACAGGGCUCAGUCCACACCGCCCUUUGAUUCUGCCGGUGCUUGAGUAAUCAGUAAUCGCCGUUCCUUCCUUAUCGUCAACUCUCCGCAAUCUUGCAGUCACUUGCGCUUCACCUCUGCCGAUUACACCUCUGUGGUAUCCCCCACUGUUUCCUCAGAUUUGAAGUGAACGAAAAACUCGAGUAUUCUGAGUUGUCAGCGAUCAAAAUGGCAUCGUCGAACAUCAAUAUCCUGCUCACGUCCUUCCCUGGACUGUCGCUUCCCUCGACACUCUCCUUCUCCCUCGCCUCCACCUCUACCAUCGCCGAUCUCGCCGACAAGAUCUCUUCAUACAUCCCGACAUCCGUCCCGUUCCAGUCGCUCGUCUUGACAACCACCAGCAACAAGCAACUCGACCCCUUAUCGCAGAGCCUCGUCUCUACUCUACUCGCCUCAAAUGGCGACAUCAGCACGGCAUCGAACCUCCUACCUCUCCGUCUCUCGGUCCCGCUAUGUGGUGGAAAGGGUGGUUUCGGCUCCCAGCUUCGUGCAGCUGGAGGGCGCAUGUCCAGUAAGCGAAAGCGCAACCAAGGCGACGACAACGGAUCCAGCCGAAACCUCGACGGCCGACGUCUCCGCACCGUCAACGAGGCCAAAGCGCUGGCCGAAUACCUCGCCGUGAAGCCGGAGAUGGAUCGUAAGGAGAAGGAGGAGCGCCGACGUCGGUGGCAGUCGGUCGUGGACAUGGCCGAAAAGCGCCAGGAGGAACUGAAGAAUGGGGGCGGCAAACAGAAAGUCGACGGCCAGUGGAUGGAGGAUAAGGAGGAGAUGAAUGAGAGGGCUAGAGAUGCUGUGUUGGUCGCCAUGAAGAACGGGGACUGGUCGGAUAAUCUGCGCGAUGCUAUCUUGGGUGGCUCUAGCACGAGUGCGAGCGCCAGCGAAGGCAGUGGUCAGGAAACACCUAGUGGCAGUGGCUCGGACGAGGAGAGCGAUGAGGAGAUGGAGGGAAAUGGUGCCCCGGGGCCAUCUGCGCCUGCUCAGAAAGCAGCUCCUCGGAAGUUCAUUGGAUUUGAUGAUGACGACGAGUUCAUGAGUGACUCGGAAGAGGAGGAAGACCAGCCUAAGGACUCCAAGGGCAAGGGAAAAGCAAAGGCUUGAGCUAGUGGACGACGUAGACGGUUGCCAUGAUGUUUUCUUUGCGCUGUAUCUUUUGAUUUACGUUAUGUUUUCAGCGUUCCGCGAACAGGGCCAGGAUGCGACUUUUUUUCUUCUUUUACAAAACCUUCGAUGCAUUGUAUAGCAUAGUAGUAAUCAAUCAAAUUUUCACAGAUCAGUUCAUGUUGCUUGACUACGAAUAUAACUUGACAAAAUCCCUUUCUUUGAUGUGAGUAGAAUGAUAGGAUUUGCCACAGCAGCUUUUUCGGUGA